ACCAUUAUCAAUAAUAGGAUAUCCAUUGAUUUCGUUUCCCAUACUGAUCUGAUAGAUAAGAAAUAAACAUAAAAUUCAUAUAUUUACAUUAUCGUUUAAGUAUGCAUUCAAUAGAUAUUCGAUUGACAUAUUUGACACUUCAGCAAUAAAUUGUAAAUUAAAAAAAUUUAAAAGAGAGCGUAUAGAAAUUCGAUUGGUUUAGAGCGUACCAUUUUUAAAUAUCUCUUACCGUGACUGGUUGUCUGGUUAUGUUUUCGAACGUAAACCGAGUGACGUUAACACAUUUCCCGCCGUCUGUGCAGCUGCACGAAAAUGCCUCCGACAACUGAUGAUCAUAGCUUUAAUAGCUAGCAACGAAUAAACCUUGGUGAAUCUUGUGAUUAAACUCAUACGUCCCAAUAGAAUUUAUAAGAAUGAAUUUCAUCUGUGACAGUGUCUCUCAGGACACGUGGUACUUAAAAGAAACAUUGUCAUUGUAUCUAAAUUCGGUUUGGAACUUAUUUGGGAUUGAAGAUGACAACAGUGAAUUUAACUGGAUUAAUGGAAGAUAUAACACGUGGAUAUUUUCAUUAAUUGCUUCUUGUAUUGUAGGACUUAGUGGGAUUGUUCCAUUAUUAGUUGUAACUACAGAAUGUGAUUCUAGUAUUGAACAUGUCAAAGGAACAAAAACUCUCCGGUUACUUUUAAGUUUUGCUGUUGGUGGUCUGUUGGGUGAUGUUUUUCUCCAUCUCCUUCCGGAAGCUUGGAAUCACUUACAAAAGUGGUCAAAUCACCGGACAGCAUAUCUAACAUUAGGGAUCUGGAUUCUUCUUGGUAUCUUCACUUUUGUUAUUGUAGAAAUAAUGUUUUCAUUAUCUCAGGAAACAUCACAAGAAAAUAAACAAGAUUCUGAAGAGAAAAAAUCUAAUAAAGAAUUAUCUGUUUCUCAUUCAUUAACAAAUGGAAAUAUUAAACAUUGUAAAUCAACAAAUGGAGUCAUUUCUAAUGGAUGUGCAACUAAACAAUCCAAGUCAACCACUCAUUCUCAAGAUAAAUCAUCUUUAUCAUCUAAAUCCGAAACAAUACAAGUUACUGGAUAUUUAAAUUUAAUGGCUAACAGUAUAGAUAAUUUUACUCACGGCUUAGCUGUUUCUGCUAGUUUUGUAGUUGGAACAAAAAUGGGAAUACUCACAACCAUAGCUAUUUUAAUGCAUGAAAUCCCACAUGAAGUAGGUGAUUUUGCAAUCCUAUUAAGAUCUGGAUUUAAUAGAUGGGAUGCAGCUAAAGCUCAGUUAUCCACUGCAGGAGUUGGAAUAUUUGGAGCUGUAUUUGCUUUGACUGUUGAUUCUGCAGAUACACUGGGAGAAUGUACUUCUUGGAUUUUACCAUUUACUUCGGGUGGUUUUCUAAAUAUUGCUUUAGUCAAUGUUUUACCAGAAAUUAUAAAAGAUAAUGACCCAUGGGAAUCCUUAAAGCAAAUUGGAUGUUUAUGCAGUGGCAUAGUCAUUAUGGGUUUAGUCACACUCAUUACUGAGUGAUAAAAUCAGUCAUUGACUUUAGUUUUAAUACUCUUACUCAUCUAUCGAUCUCAAUGUAUAAAUAUUCUGAUAAAUCAGAAUUGUUUUAAAAAUACAAAAUUUUAUUUUAAUUCUAGACUUAAGUUCUAAAUAUUGUAAGAAUUAACAAGAAAAUUUAAUUUUAUUGCUUAUAGCAAAUUUAAAUUUUAAAAAUUUUGUAUAACAACUUUAUAUAAAUUUCAUGCAUAUAUAUAU